CACGACCACUUCAUGAUUAAUCGUACGCACGAUCUGUCAGACUGAUGACAGAUGAAAGGUGCGAGCGCAAGCGCAUGUCCAGCGACCUUGCAAUCAAUGCUACGCGCUGGCCUCGUACAGUCUUAAACGGAACCUGUCAACGUGAAGAUGAGGAAUUCAGAAGACGACCAGGCGACGUCGCCAAACGUUAAUUAUCAGCGGGACAUGAGAUAUGUGUUUAAACCGUGCAGCUGGAUCCUCGGUUCCAUCGGCAUCUGGCCAGUCGCGUUUCGCGGAAUCGGACAACACGUGUCUAAGAUCGCGCUCGUGCUGUGUAAUUUCGCGUUAGGCUUCGCGAUAGUGCCGUGUCUUCUGCAUAUCAUUUAUGACGAGAAAGACCUUAACAUAAGAUUGAAGCUCUCCGGAUUACUGGGCUUCUGUCUUACCGCAAUGAUGAAAUACUGCGUACUCGCGAUACGUCGGCCUAAAAUAUUACGCUGCAUCGAGCAUGUAAAGAGUGAUUGGUGGCAGGUCAAAUUCAAAUCCGAUCGAGAAUUGAUGAUGAAAUAUGCUACCACUGGUCGUAGACUGUCUAUAAUCAGCACGACUUCCAUGUACAUCGCCGGCUUCAUUUAUCAUACGAUUUUACCAUUUUGUACUGUACAUAAAAUCGGUAACGAAACCAUCAGACCGCUCGUGUAUCCAACUUACAGUAAGUUUUAUCAGACCCAGAUGAGCCCGAUAUACGAAAUAGUGUAUCUGGCUCAUUGCGUUUGUGGAUACACCAUGUAUUCGGUCACGGCCGGAUCGUGUGGUCUAGCUGCGAUAUUCGCUGCUCACGCAUGCGGCCAAAUUGAUAUCAUCGCGUCUCGGCUUGAGGAUCUUCCACGCGGCAAAAAUUUUGAGCGAUCAUCCGAUGUUAAUCAACGAAUCGCUGCCAUCGUGAGUGGUCACGUUCGAAUAUUAAGAUUCUGCACUCUCGUGAACGAAAUUUUACAAGAAGUAUGUUUAUUGGAAUUCGCCAGUUCUAUAUUCACAAUGUGUUUGCCCGAAUAUUAUUGCAUAGUGGAUUGGCAAGAUAGUGAUACAGUUGGACUGACAACUUACUUUCUGCUUUUUAUUUCAUUCUGCUUUAAUAUGUAUAUAUUAUGUUACAUUGGCGAGCUACUCAUGGCAAAGAGUAGCCAGAUUGGUACAAUGUGCUUUAUAAUCGACUGGUAUCAACUGCCAGUAAAGGCGGUUCGCAGUUUAGUGCUGGUGAUCGCAAUGUCAAAUCGUCCCAUAAAGAUCAGCGCUGGAAGUAUGAUAGAUUUAUCGCUGGCGACUUUUGGAAGUGUAAGAAAUUGUAUAUGUGAUAUAUAUACAAAAUUAAUUCUUGUCUCGAUAGUUGUGCUCAAAACAAGUCUGGCGUAUCUAAGUUUUCUUCGAACUUUAGUAAUGUGA